GCGGGAGCGCCUGCUGGGGCGACGGAGCCUGCGCCGAGCCGUCCCGCCCUCCACCCGUACACGCACCCGUCUUCGCUCCUGUCUAACGCCGGAGCCGUCGGGGAUCGGCGAGAAGCGGGGUGUCGUCCCCCCAUCCCUCCAUCCCUCGCUUCGCACGUCGCCGCCGAGGAUGAGGAGCCUCCCGCGUCGAUUAAUAGAAAUAUGCAUUUCCACAAUAUCACCUUUGAACUAAUGAAGUGGAAGUACAGAUGAAAACAGUCUGGAGGAAGCUUGAAGUACAAUACGGUUUCAUUCAGUUUCCCAAUUCUGAGGAAAGGAAGUUGGAAAAGUUACAAAAUCAUCUUUGCAGUCAAGCACCAAAUCUUGUAUUAGGCUUCACUGAACAGACUAAGCUUAACAUUUGUCAAGCAGAGGGGACAGUUGCCUUGCACAGGAAGGAUUAAAAGACAACAAUGACUCGACUGAGAGUUUGUGAGCAAUUGCUUGGAGCCUACCUGCUAAUCAUUCUCCAUGUUCAAGGUCAAAAUCUAGACAGCAUGCUUCAAGGCACAGGAAUGAAGACAAAUCCUGACCAAAAGAAACAAGCAAAUGGAGUGACGCUCGCUCCAGAGGACACUUUACCUUUCCUUAAGUGCUACUGCUCAGGACAUUGUCCAGAUGAUGCUAUUAAUAACACGUGCAUAACUAAUGGGCAUUGCUUUGCUAUCAUUGAGGAAGACGAACAUGGAGAACCCACGCUUGCUUCUGGCUGUAUGAAGUAUGAAGGUUCAGAUUUCCAGUGCAAGGACUCGCCUAAAGCGCAAUUACGUCGCACAAUUGAGUGCUGUCGAACGGAUUUCUGCAAUCAGGAUUUACAACCAACAUUACCACCACUCAAUAGUACAGAUGGACUUUUUGAUGGCAGCAUUCGUUGGGUGGCAGUGUUGAUUUCUAUGGCAGUCUGCAUAAUUGUCAUGAUCAUCCUACUUAGCUGCUUUUGUUACAAGCAUUACUGUAAGUCAAUGGCAAAGAGGCACUGUUACAAUCGUGACCUGGAACAAGAUGAAGCAUUUAUUCCAGCUGGGGAGUCAUUAAAAGACCUUAUAGACCAGUCCCAGAGUUCUGGGAGUGGAUCUGGACUACCACUGUUGGUUCAGCGCACUAUUGCCAAACAAAUUCAGAUGGUGAGGCAAGUUGGGAAAGGACGAUAUGGUGAAGUGUGGAUGGGCAAAUGGAGGGGUGAAAAAGUCGCAGUGAAAGUGUUUUUCACUACAGAAGAAGCCAGUUGGUUCCGAGAAACAGAGAUUUACCAGACUGUUUUAAUGCGUCAUGAAAACAUCCUUGGUUUCAUAGCUGCAGAUAUUAAAGGCACUGGCUCCUGGACACAGCUUUACUUGAUUACAGAUUAUCAUGAAAAUGGAUCAUUGUAUGAUUUUCUGAAAUGCACUACUCUAGACAACAGGGCGCUCCUCAAACUGGCAUAUUCUGCUGCGUGUGGUCUGUGCCAUCUACACACAGAAAUCUACGGGACGCAGGGCAAGCCUGCUAUUGCACACAGGGACCUGAAGAGCAAAAACAUCUUGAUAAAGAAAAAUGGAACCUGCUGCAUUGCUGACUUGGGUCUUGCAGUCAAGUUUAACAGUGACACAAAUGAAGUUGAUGUUCCCUUGAAUACUCGAGUGGGAACAAAACGUUACAUGGCUCCAGAGGUCCUAGAUGAAAGCCUGAAUAAAAACCAUUUCCAGCCGUACAUCAUGGCUGACAUCUACAGUUUUGGGCUGAUCAUUUGGGAAAUGGCACGGCGCUGCGUCACAGGAGGUAUUGUUGAAGAAUAUCAGUUGCCAUAUUAUGACAUGGUGCCAAAUGAUCCAUCGUAUGAGGACAUGAGAGAAGUGGUGUGUGUCAAACGCCUGCGCCCAGUAGUAUCAAAUAGAUGGAAUAGUGAUGAAUGUUUAAGAGCAAUAUUGAAAUUAAUGUCCGAAUGCUGGGCUCAUAAUCCUGCCUCAAGGCUCACUGCCCUGAGGAUCAAGAAGACUCUUGCCAAGAUGGUGGAAUCACAAGAUGUAAAGAUUUGACAAAGUAAACUGACGUUGGGGAGCAAAGAUGGACUCCUACAUCUUUUCACUCAAACAUGGGUGAGACCUGUGCGGAAAGAGGAAAUAACUGAGGUUCAGUGUAUUUUCUCAGCACACUUCUACAGGCUGCUAAUCCAAUCUUUCAGUACUUCAUAGACUGUGAUACUGAGACCCUCUACACACUACAUGCUACGUAUACAGACAGCCUUGAUAAAAUACACGUUUUGUUCUUGUUUGAGCUGCAUUGAGACUUCAGUCAUACUUAGUGAGUCUCCAGUAAAACUCUGGGUACUGAAUUGAAUGUUCAGAUUACAGUGCUUUCUGUGAAAGCCUAACAAGCUAUAUGGAUUCAACAGAGAUGGAGAAUAUAAGCUUUUUUUUUUUUUUGCCUUCUACCUGAUGAAACCUAGUCAAUCCAUACCGAGUUUUUGUGAAACAGCCUCUAGGUUAUGAAUCUGUUUGUGAUACUAUUCAGUUUAACAGUUCCUUAUGCCUUCACAUGUGUGCCAGGAUUAUACGGCUGUCAUUUGGAACAGGCAAGAAACCAUUUAAAUGAACAAAGGUUUAUAGUCAGGGCUGCAUGCAUUUUGUGGCUCCACAAUCAGAGAUUUGCUACAGAAUUUACUCCUUGCCAUUAAGUUAUCUUCCAGAAUCUCCAUUUUAAUUUUAUUUCUGUUUUUGUUUUGGUCACGAGGAGAACUGCAAGAAUGUGAACCGUUUAUAAAUCAAGGAAUGCCUACCUAAGUCUGUAGAGAGUUUGAAACAAUACAUCUUAGAGGUGUAGACUGCCUUGGUCAUCUCACUUACAGUCUAGUGGGCUCCAUAAUUGGAUAACUAUGAAAUUCAGCAUAUUUUUCACAAUGCCACAUACAGCUGGUGGUUUUGCUGUAGAAUACUUUACAUCUUAACAGAAGGACCACUGAUAAUGUGUUUUGCCUUUCUGCUUUAUUGGGACUCACUGGUAGGUGUCUGUCAUGCAAUUUUUUGCAUAGAGGAGGGAAUCGGUCGGCUGUGGGAGUGUGCUUUGACAAAACUAGGCAGAAGAUAAGUUGAAAGGCUUGAGAACAUGUCUGAUUUACAGACACAAAGAAGGGAAGGCAGAAGUGUAGACUGGGCACUUCCAAAGAUUAGAGAAUAUAGCAAAGGUCAAGACCAGGGGAACAGUAUAUAUGAAUUGUUGAAGGUGAGAUUUGCAACAUGCAGAAGGUGUUGAGCUGGGUUGCCCUCGUGUAAAUGCAGAAAACACGUCUGUGGGCCACUUAGUGGGCAGUUAAAAAAUGCAAGAUUUGAGACAAGGUAAAUCAGUGGGUGUUUGCCGUUCUAGUUAGGCACGUUUGAGAGGAAUGGCAAACACAGUUGCAGACUUUGGUCCUCUUGUGCCAAUUAUUUGACAUGAACUUUAGUUCCUGCCUUUUCUUCACUCAUCCAGACAAGCUGGUUAAAAACCAGAAGCCCUCCAUGAGGUUACUGUAAUGCAGAAUUACUGAUUUAUAACUCCUUUGGCACUUCCACUUUAACAUUAGAAAAUAGUACCGUAACUCAAGUUGAAGCUUCAAGUGCGAGAAUCAUCAGAAGAGUAAACACACAGUAUUGGAAGCAUUGAACCUAUUUUAUAAUUUAAGUGCCUAUAACUUUGUACUGUAAAUCUUGUUCUAGAUAACUUUAAAAAGGGAAGUUAUUUAUACAGUGUGUUUUGUGCUUUAGUUAAAAAAACCCGUCUAGUCCUAGGUCCAUGUGUACGAUUAGAUACAUGCAUGCACACACAUGUAUGCCAUAGCCAAGAUUUGAAUAAUAAAAUUAAAAAUAAUAUUAAAAUUGAUUUUUAAAAGUUAAAACUUCAGAUUGAUUUAUGCCAGAUUAUUUGUUGUCUUAAAAUAUGUACAUGGAGAUUGUUUUGGUAUGUGUUUAAAUUUCCUUCGAAAAUACAGCUGAUACAAUGUAAUUGCAGAACUAAUGUGACUUGUCAACAAUUAUGACCUUCUAACGUUUUAUUUUUUUGUUCUAAUUCUGUAGCUCACGUAAUGUAAAUGGUCAGGCAAAAGAUUGCAGUAUUUUUAUUUUCUGUUGUGGUGUACAGACUUUAUUUAACAGUUCUACGUAUUUUAUAGAAAAAUAACAAUUUUGAGGGACUUUUUUUUAAAAAAAAAUAAAGUCAUUACUUUUGUUCAGUAAUGCCUUUAAGUAUUAGUAUGUAUUCUGGCUGGAAAGUUCAUAGAUGUGUCAACUAUGAUUUUAACUUAUUUGAAAACAGCAAGAGAUACAUGAUAUUGUGCCACAGCCCUCGUGGUAAAGGGCUUUUAAAAACAUUUUUCCGUCCAUUGCCAAGAUAUAUGUGAUGAAUUUGAAAUUGUUAAUCAUGUCUUCAAGCAUAAUUUUUGCACAGAUAGUUGGAAAAUAUUUGGUAUGAGCCAAAAAAUGUAAGGGAUAAGCUUUUUUUUUUUUUUUCCCUUCUCUAGGAUUUUUAUCGGUAAGAAGGAAAACUGUUUAUGUGGGUACCUUGCGAGCUUAAACUUUGAAAGCAUGGAGGUCUGUUUAAAUUAACCCAUUCCUAUUUAGAAUGUCUUUUCAUUUCUUUCAGAAGUUGCCACCACAUUAUUAGCAAUAAACUUGUUUUAUGACCUUUUCAAUUAUUUUUUUCCCAAGUUUUCAGGAGGCCAUUGCUGGAAGUGUGAGGCUCAAUAGUUUUUAAAUAUUCCCUUAUUUCCUUCUCCUUUGUUAAGGUAUUUGCAAGGCAAUAGGGCGGUGAUCUUUGGUAGAGAUCUUAAGAACUGAAUUGAUUUACGCAUUAGCACAGAAGAAGUGAGCUAGCUGCUGUAUAGAUGAUCUUUGAGAGAAAAGAAUCUUUUCACGUUAAAUGUAACCUUAAUUUUUCAGCACUUCAGUUACUAGGCUCAUGCUCAAUCGUAGAAUCCAGUUGUCAUUGUCCUGAACGGGAGCUGCUAGGUCUUUGGCUUUUAUGGGUUCCCUGAUAUACCAAAAAAUGUCAUUGCUGAAGGACCUGGUUGCAUAACACACUCUGCAUGCCAUUCAGAGUCAUCCAGUCUUUGGAGCCUAAGUAUGUCUAACCUGAUAUUUUAGCAGUCAUUUGGAAAAAAACAACUUCACUCAGAGGUAGCCCAUUAGUUUUUAUGUAAUUAAUCAUACUUAGUGUGGAUUCUAAUGCUAAGUUGUUGCUUUAUGCAAAACUGUAGCCCUCAGAAGCCUUUUAAAGUCAGGGAGUGCAAUGGGAUUCUUCUGUGGAGUGUGAUUAAUCUCGUUUUGUUGGUCAAAAUUUCAAGCAUUUGUCACCCAAAAAAAAAGUAUCUUCCAAAACUAGCAAAUUCUUUUAUUUUAAAAUACAAAAAUUGGAAGUGUGGAAAAUAUCUUGGGGAGUAUCAAGACUGUGCUUUGGAAAGUCUUAAACAUUCACAUGCGGAGGGGACUUUUUAUAUUUAUUUAACCUGCUGCCUGUGAUUUCAGUUAGGUGGAAAAUUAUUUGAGUCAUUUAAAGAAUUCUUACUGUUACAGCAACUGAAAGGAAAGUUUCUGUAUUCCUGGUUAGCUUGUAAAUGUGAUAUUCCUAAAGAAGAAUGUAGGCUUGCAUUUUUUUUUUCCGAGUUUUACUCCAUACGUAAUUGUUCCUGAGUUUUACUGAAGGAACUGACAGUUUUCCAAAUAUCCAUCUCUUUUCACCAAUUAUUUUCUUAAUUGGUGUAUUUGGAGGUAUUGAAUAAAAUAUAAAAUUAAUAUUUUAAAUUAUCUCCACAGCAGUCUAGAACAAAAUUUUAGAGCUUGAUCUAAAUGACCAUUUGAAUGUGUCUAUAAAACAAACCAUUAGGAUGCAUUUCAUCUACUCUGUCUUCACAGAUUGUAUUUAAUGGUCUAAAACCUUUGCUUUUCAGUGAAUGGUGUAGCACUUUCUCGUCCUUCUGACAGUGCCUCUGAAGUCAAAAGUCUUUAUCCUGUGCCCACAAUCUUUGUGUCAAAUAGGGGUGAUACCUAAAAACGGCUGGCAGUGUCGCACGAUGCGGUGCUUUAUUGAGCCACGGUGUCUUAGCCUUGGUUGGUGGAGCAGAAGUGGAGUGCACGUGACUUCUAAUUAAUUUUUGAACAAACCUCAUGUAAUUGUUGCUUUGUAAUAUUUUUGAAUGCAAUUCUAGAACCCCACAUCAUGUAGUGACGUUUGUGCUCUGCCAUGCCAUGCCCAAAAUGAAAUGUACUAUAUUGUAUACAAGAAGAAUAAAUAACAUUGUAGUUAACCUAGAGAAAGAUGUAAAUAAAAUAUGAAAGAAGAGUGGAACAAGACAAAUGGUCGCACUCUUGCGUGUGUUAUAUGCCAGAAGUGUAGAAUACUCCUUAAAAAUGUAACACACUAAUAUUGUAUUUUGUACAGCAUCUGCUUUAGAAGGUGCCUUAUUGAGUUUACCAUGAAUUGCUUGUUCUGUACACAGAUUAUGUCCAAUGUAUCAUUUUUAAGUAAAUAACCUUAUUUUAGUA